CUUGUGUGCUUGGCGCGUGCUUAUUUUUUUCCUUGUGUGUUUGGUGCGUGCUUAUUUUUUUUCUUUGUGUGUUUGGUGCGUGCUUAUUUUUUUCAGAGUGUGUUUGGUGCAUGCUUAUUUUUUUCAGAGUGUGUUUGGUGCAUGCUUAUUUUUUUUCUGAGUGUGUUUGGUGCAUGCUUAUUUUUUUUCCGAGUGUGUUUGGUGCGUGGUUAUUUUUUUCCUUGUGUGUUUGGUGCAUGCUUAUUUUUUCCUUGUGUGUUUGGUGCAUGCUUAUUUUUUUCCUUGUGUGUUUGGUGCGUGCUUAUUUUUUUUCCGAGUGUGUUUGGUGUGUCCCUAUUUUUUUCCUUGUGUGUUUGGUGCGUGCUUAUUUUUUUUUCCGAGUGUGUUUGGUGACUGGUUAUUUUUUCCUUGUGUGUUUGGGGCGUGCUUAUUUUUUUCCGUGUGUUUGGUGCAUGCUUAUUUUUUCCGUGUGUGUUUGGUGCAUGCUUAUUUUUUCCUUGUGUGUUUGGUGCAUGCUUAUUUUUUUCCUUGUGUUUGGUGCAUGCUUGUUUUUUUUUUUCAGAGUGUGUUUGGUGUGUGCUUAUUUUUUUCAGAGUGUGUUUGGUGCAUGCUUAUUUAUUUCUUUGUCUGUUUGGUGUGUGCUUAUUUUUUUCAGAGUGUGUUUGCUGCGUGCUUAUUUUUUUCAGAGUGUGUUUGGUGCGUGCUAAUUUUCUUUCCGAAGUGUGUUUGGUGUGUGCUUAUUUUUUUCAGUGUGUUUGGUGCGUGCUUAUUUAUUUCUUUGUCUGUUUGGUGUGUGCUUAUUUUUUUCAGAGUGUGUUUGCUGCGUGCUUAUUUUUUUCAGAGUGUGCUUGGUGCGUGCUUAUUUUUUUCCGAGUGUGUUUGGUGCGUCCCUAUUUUUUUCCUUGUGUGUUUGGUGCGUGGUUAUUUUUUCCUUGUGUGUUUGGUGUAUGCUUAUUUUUUCCUUGUGUGUUUGGGGCGUGGUUAUUUUUUCCUUGUGUGUUUGGUGCAUGCUUAUUUUUUUCCUUGUGUGUUUGGUGCAUGCUUGUUUUUUUUUCAGAGUGUGUUUGGUGUGUGCUUAUUUUUUUCAGAGUGUGUUUGGUGUGUGCUUAUUUUUUUCAGAGUGUGUUUGGUGCGUGCUUAUUUUUUUCAGAGUGUGUUUGGUGUGUGCUUAUUUUUUUCCCGAGUGUGUUUGGUGUGUGCUUAUUUUUUUCCACAUUCUGUUUGGUGCAUGCUUAUUUUUUUUCCUUGUGUGUUUGGUGCGUGCUUAUUUUUUUCCUUGUGUGUUUGGUGCGUGCUUAUUUUUUUCCUUGUGUGUUUGGUGCAUGCUUAUAUUUUUCCGAGUGUGUUUGGUGCGUGCUUAUUUUUUUCCGAGUGUGUUUGGUGUGUCCCUAUUUUUUUCCUUGUGUGUUUGGUGCGUGCUUAUUUUUUUUUCCGAGUGUGUUUGGUGACUGGUUAUUUUUUCCUUGUGUGUUUGGGGCGUGCUUAUUUUUUUCCGAGUGUGUUUGGUGCAUGCUUAUUUUUUCCUUGUGUGUUUGGUGCAUGCUUAUUUUUUUCCUUGUGUGUUUGGUGUGUGCAUAUUUUUUUUCCUUGUGUGUUUGGUGUGUGCUUAUUUUUUUCAGAGUGUGCUUGGUGCGUGCUUAUUUUUUUCAGAGUGUGUUUGGUGCGUGCUUAUUUCUUUCAGAGUGUGUUUGGUGAGUGCUUAUUUUUUUCAGAGUGUGUUUGGUGCGUGCUUAUUUUUUUCUGAGUGUGUUUGGUGCGUGCUUAUUUUUUUCCUUGU